CUGGUGAUCUAACCCUUUCAAAUGCGCAUGCAAAACCUGACUCUAUUGUCCAUCAGGUGAUUGCCCCUUAUUUGGUUAGAUCCGGCAUUUCUCGCCUGGGAAGCUCAGUGCUAGCAGUUUUACUGAUACUUUCUAACUAGAGAGAGAGUUUUGCAGGCUGCCUGUGAAAAUAGGACCAUGCUUCGGUUACUUUCCUGUCUACUACUACGACUCAACCACCAAGACUUGUGAGAUGUUUCUCUAUGGGGGCUGCGGGGGCAAUGACAACAGAUUUCUCACCAAGCAGGAAUGCUUGAGAGUCUGUGGAGAAACAGAGUUUUGCAGGCUGCCUGCGAAAAUAGGACCAUGUAGGGGUUCCUUUCAUUUCUACUACUACGACUCAACCACCAAGACUUGUGAGAUGUUUCACUAUGGGGGCUGCGGGGGCAAUGACAACAGAUUUCUCACCAAGCAGGAAUGCUUGAGAGUCUGUGGAGAAACAGAAAUGUCCACUGUACAGUGAGUCGCUGACUAUCCCUGGGGUCCGGCCCCACCAUCCAGCCCCACAGACCCAGGAGUGGACGCCCACAUGCCACUAAGCCCCUCUUGCCCCAUGCCUCCAGUCUCUCUGCAUCUUU